GGCCACUGUGUCUCUAUGCAGGCAGAUGGAGGUGGACAGAAGGAGGGUGGAGAGCCAGUGUCCAGCGGUCCAACAAGCAUCUAUGUCCCGAAUGUCCUUAUUAGUCCACGUGGGACUGCAAACCUGCAGCAUGGUCCCUCAGCUAUCAGUCUGCGGCUAAAGUUAGAUUGGCCUGUGAAGGGGUAUAUAAACCCCCGGGGAUAUACGUAUAACGCGGCUUCACACUGUCUUCUCUUUCUUGAUCAUCCAAACCUCCACUCAUACCGUCUCAAGAUGGCACCAAAGAAGGCCAAGAGGAGGCAGGCAGCAGGAGACGGAGGCUCCUCCAAUGUGUUCUCCAUGUUUGAGCAGAGCCAGAUUCAGGAGUACAAGGAGGCCUUCACAAUCAUUGACCAGAACAGAGACGGUAUCAUCAGCAAAGAUGACCUGAGGGACGUGCUGGCCUCAAUGGGCCAGUUGAAUGUGAAGAAUGAGGAGCUGGAGGCCAUGAUCAAGGAGGCCAGCGGCCCCAUCAACUUCACCGUCUUCCUCACCAUGUUCGGAGAGAAGCUGAAGGGUGCUGAUCCCGAGGACGUUAUUCUUAGUUCCUUCAAGGUCCUGGACCCCGAGGGUACUGGAUCCAUCAAGAAGGAAUUCCUCGAGGAGCUCCUGACCACUCAGUGCGACAGGUUCACCCCAGAGGAGAUUAAGAACAUGUGGGCCGCCUUCCCCCCAGAUGUUGCCGGCAACGUAGACUACAAGAACAUCUGCUACGUCAUCACACACGGAGAGGAGAAGGAGGAGUAAAGAGAAAGCACGAAGACAAGAAAGACAGAAAUCCCUUUGCUAUUCUGCCUUCCCUGCCCUUUUCUUUCCUCCUCUUCCUCCCUGCUCACGUUCUGUGUUAACCCAUGUGCUCAGCCGCUCAAUCUCAAACCAAAGACUUGUCACAAUGACACAGGAGACGGCCGAUGUCCAUGGGAUGUCUAUGUUUGCUUAUGGGGAAUAGGGAUGAUUUCCAAUAAAAUUAUCCUGUAACAUCA